GCUCUGAGCCUCAGAACACUCAAGUCAUUUCAUCGUAUCUAUUUCAAGAUGCAUUUAAUACUUGGGAAAAGAACCAAAAUAUAUGCUUAUAUAAUAUAUGUUUAUCAUGUUCUCUUGUACUGUUUCUAAAUCUGUGGGCUGUGACCCAAAGUAGACGCUGCGUCCUGGAGGUUCCCCUUGUGACAGGAAUAGCCCCAUGAUUUCAUGAAUGAGGGACCUGCAGGGUGAGACUCUUCAUUUCGGAGCAGACUCUGGAUCUGAAAACAUAUUUGAACUCUCUCUGAACAAAACAAGGAUUGAGGACUUUUUAAAAGCGAAUUUUAUUUAAAGUAUUAAUAACUUGCAGUUGGAUUUUAAAAUAAUACACUUGUAAGGCGACAUGGUCACUUGGAAAACACUGCAGUGCUACAUCGAAGUGAGUGAGUGUGAGAGGGACAGCAGCAGCAGCAAGUGUCAUCUGGUCUUCCAACUUGGGGAGGGCUUUGGAGUUUAAAAUGGUGUGAAUAUGAUAGCCAUCUCCAGCCAUCGGUAUUGCUUAUGCAAGUGGAGAUCUGUCUGCACCAUUGAAAGUUGACAGUUCAGAGGCACUAAUCUGACUAAAGGACGGUGUAAAUCAACAACGGAGCAACGACUUUGGAUUAUCGACAGACUCGGUGGAGCAAAAAAGACCUGAAUCUGGGGCGGCUACAUGAGAAAGAGAGCCGGGAGGACGCACGGGCUAAAGGGCAAGAGGGAGACACCGAGGAGGUGAGUGAGGGGUUUACCCUCGGAGGGGUAAAAAGAUGACUGUGGUGUCCCAGGAGAACCACGACGAGACUGUGGUCGUUACUCCUUUGUUGCAAGAUGCUGCCGACUUGGAGCCGGCGGACCAGGAGUGCAGCGAGAGGGUGUUCAUCAACAUCUCAGGUCUGCGCUUUGAGACGCAGCUAAAGACCCUCUCCCGCUUCCCGGCCACGCUCCUGGGAGACCCGCGCAAAAGGAUGCGCUUCUUCGACCCGCUGAGAAACGAGUACUUCUUUGACAGGAACAGGCCGAGCUUUGACGCCAUCCUCUAUUAUUACCAGUCGGGUGGGCGGCUGCGGAGGCCCGUGAGCGUGCCUGUGGACAUUUUCCUGGAGGAAAUCAAGUUUUAUGAACUCGAGGAUGAGGCCGUGGACCUUUUCAAAGAGGACGAGGGCUUGGCGAGGGAGGAGGACCAGACGCUGCCCAACAACGAGUACCAGCGCCAGUUCUGGCUCCUCUUCGAGUAUCCAGAGAGUUCAGGACCUGCACGGAUAAUUGCCAUCGUGUCAGUUAUGGUUAUUUUGAUAUCCAUUGUUAUAUUCUGCUUGGAGACACUACCCGAGUUCAGAGACGUCCCUCCACAGCCGGACAACAGCAACACGGCUAAUGGAAGCGCACAAGGUAAAGUGCCCAGCCCAUUCACAGACCCGUUUUUCGUGAUUGAGACCCUUUGCAUCGUGUGGUUCUCUUUUGAAUUCACCAUGAGGUUCCUUUCGUGUCCCAGCAAAGCAGCUUUCUUUAAAAACCUCAUGAACCUCAUCGAUGUUGUGGCCAUAGCUCCGUACUUCAUCACCCUGGGCCUGGAUCUCGCAGAGCAUCAGGGCAGCAGUCAGCAGGCUGCGUCUCUGGCCAUACUAAGGGUCAUCCGUCUGGUCCGCGUUUUCAGGAUUUUUAAACUCUCCCGGCACUCCAAGGGCCUCCAGAUCCUCGGCCAGACGCUCCACGCCAGCCUCAGGGAGCUGGGGCUGCUCAUAUUCUUCCUUCUCAUCGGCGUGGUCUUAUUCUCCAGUUCUGUUUAUUUCGCAGAAGCAGAAGACCCCGAAUCUGAAUUUACAAGUAUACCUGAUGCGUUCUGGUGGGCUGUGGUGACAAUGACCACGGUUGGUUAUGGAGACAUGUGUCCCUCCACCAUUUGGGGGAAAGUCGUUGGAUCUUUGUGCGCAAUCGCUGGAGUACUCACUAUUGCUUUACCGGUCCCAGUUAUAGUGUCCAAUUUCAAUUAUUUCUACCACAGAGAAAAGGAGGAGGAGGAAAACGUUCAGUUCGUGCACGUGACCUGUGGGCAUCAGCAACAGCCCUCAUUUGUUGAGUGUGAUUCAAACAAAAGUAUCCAGUCGCUCUCCAAAACUGAGUCCUUUCAGGAGAGCGACGACCUGGACCCUCCGGCACAUCCAAAGAUAAACCCACUCGAGACAUACACGGGGAAACUGACAGUUGUAUAAAGAAAAUGUGUUUUUUUUUGUCUUCCAGUAGACACGCAGUUAAUGCUUCUCCACGACGGAUGCUCCUGGUGCUUUUACGCAUGCUGUCUACAGUGGUCUCCAAACGUGGAGCCUCAGAAAUUCGUUUUUACAAAUACCUUCAUGAGGAAUUCACGUUAUCUUAAUUCACCGUAUGAGAAAAUCAUUCCUCCACUUCUCACAUAUUUCUCAUAUUGGAGCGACUAGUGGAAACAUGCAGAGGGAAGCUGUGGACUUAAAUAUUAUACUCGGGAAACCUUAAAUAAAAACAUGUGGGAACCCAUGAGGCACGCAAUAAAACAGAUGGAUUAUUUAAAUUGGGCCUGCAGCAGUAAAAUGUAGCCAUCACACGCCUCCAUACGUGACAGGGGCAGGUGUUUUUUUUAUUUGUUUACCCAUAAAGAAAUGUCAAUAUGAACUACAUGAUCCCAAAGCAUUGAGAAGAGUAGGAGAGGACAGACCAGGCGUGCGUAAAAGUGCCAAUGACGCACGAGGCAUCCAACGCUCCACACUGCAGCGCAUGGCGAACUAAGACACAUUUCCAUUAACUGUGUGUCGGGGUUGCGCCGUGUGCACUGUGGAUAGGUGGCUGCUGCCAUGUGCAUGAGCACACUGGCACUUGUUCAACUCUCUUGUCCUGCUGCGUUCAAGCCUCCGAUGUGUUCGUGCCCAGUGUGUCCUUGUACAUAAACACUAGUAGCUUCUUCUAUUACGCAGCAUGGCGUCCUGGCAUAAUUGGAACGAUGAAAACCUAAUUUGCACUUAAGUAUCGUGCGGUCAAAGUUAGUAAAACCGCUUCGAUUUCGGAUAGAAACCUUCUUAAAUUAGGUUGUUUGCCUCUGCAUCAACUUGCAGGUUGUUGCCUUAAACGAGGCUCUAACACUCAGGAUACUGCGUUCAGGUUUAUGGUCUGUUUUUCAUAAUGAAGACACCAAUGACCCAUAAUAAAAAUACACAUAUCUCGUUAUCACAUGAUAGAUUUCCUCUAAAUAUAACAAGUCUCACAUGUCUAAAAAUACUACGUCAUCUGCAGCCCAUUUUUUUUUUCUUUCUUGGAGCUUGUAAUGUGCCGCCAGUGGUCAGAAUAAAUGAGCUCUGAGCGCCACUCUGUGGAUGAAACACAUCCCUGCAGACAGCUCAGGAAGCUCAGAGUGCAAAAUUAAGACAUAAACUGGAAUAUCUUUGCUCUGUUGCAGCUUGCCUGCUCGGAAUUCUGGCUUAAGCCUCCUGAGGCCAUGCUCUUUGACUAAGUAUGCAUUCGGAUGCCUGUGAUGGUGAUCUAAGCUCGGAUAUCUGACUGCUUUCUCUCACCCCCCAAUGUCAACAUAGUGAGUUUUGUUUUCUGCUUACUUCCAGGAGGCAAGAGGCGAUUAAGUGAAGCUUGUUGUUCGCUUAAAAUACUAGUGGGGCAUUCUCCUCUCCUCCGAAACACUGGAUCAUUUUCUCAUGGAUUAUUCUUGCAUUGCCAGUGAUGUAGCCUACAGAGACCUCACAGUGGAAACCCUUGGGAAAAGUUUAGUCUGCCGCAGUGGACAUUUUGUGUAUCAGCCAUAGAAAAAAACGACAUUCUUUUGUGUAGGCUUUUAAAAUGACCACGCUCUUUUUGUAGCUGUAUAAAAGGCCUUGUGUACAUAAUGUUGUUUUGUAAAACUUCUGAACUUCCUCUUUUCUUAUGCAGCUUACAAUGCAAAGUUGGAGCCGCAACCUGCUUCUGUGUUGUUACAAUCAUUCAGCUUACACUGCAGCUCGCUGUAUACAACAAAAGCAUUAUAGUGCAAUGUCUGCAUGACGCACAUGCAUUGUGAAUUUUAAAUGUAAUAAAAUAUUUAUUUUUCUAAUUUAAACAUGUAUGUGAACUUAACUUAAUUCUUUUUAUAAAUAAAUGAUGGAUCAGAGAACA